AUGGAAGUCUCCUGGGGGAAGGACAUUGUACUGGAUCUUAUCCUCUGGAAGACAAGGGACAUCCACCGCCUAUCCUUCAUGUUGGACCCUCAGGAGAACAGACUCCACCAACAACUCAAACACUUCCCCCACCUCCUGCAGCUAGUCAAGGCGGCCAGCACACUCCCCCCGAUCAAGACACCCACCAUGCAGGCAGGACUUCCAGAUUCGACCACUUUUCUGGAAAGCCCGCUGGAAUGGUGGUUCCUUUCGAUGGAUAAUGACAACACCACUCUCACCGCACGGAUUGGAGACCUGUUCGAGUUGGAGAUAGACAGGAAUAACAAGUUCAAGGCGGCAUACAAGCGCCGACUCUCCCGGAAAUCGAAGUGUAUAAGAGACGACCUCAUUACACAACUUGCAGGAACUAAUACUCGGCGGAUGUCACAAGCAUACCUGGACGCGAUACAGACACCGCAUGCUGGAGUCGUCGGAGAUCGCCUGGCUCAGAGAAUACGCUCACUCAUCCUCCUCGACAACGGCAAGACAAAGGUAACUUUAGGGACUGCCUCCACCAGACAGAUCCGACAGUACCUGUCCCCGACUCCCGAACCCGAACCUCCCCCGACCCCCUCGACGAUGCACCCUGAAUCCGGCACCAAGUCCCAAUGGCGCAAGUUCUGGAAAACCAAGAUUCCACAUAGAGCCCGUUCUUUCUGGUGGCGAUACAAGCGUGACAUUAUCCCAUGUGGCACGCUUCGGGCCCACAGGUGGAAACAGGACGCCCAUUGUGACGCUCAGGGAUGCAGGGAAAGAAAGGCUGACAAAAACCACCAUGUCUUCGGAUGCAAGGGCAAGUACCUAGCAUGGCAGUUCAUUUUGCGAGAAUACACGGACAAGCCCACAUGGUCCGAUGAAGAUCUCCAUACUUUGCUCUCCUUUAAACCCCCCAUCUGUUCCAUUAAGCCCAAAUACACAUCACCCCUCCACAAUUGCUGGCGUGCUGCCUUAUAG